AUGCUGCGUUCACUGGGGGGCCGUCCUUCCGAAUGCGCGUCAAAAUCGUCACCGAAGGCGUCCGAUUCCAGUGAGCUCAGCGGAUCCGCGGCCCCUGGAUAUUUGCCGGCGAUCAAGACCACUUCUGAGUGCGAUUUUGCAGGAGCCCGGCCACGACUCACCGCCGGCUCAUUUCCGUCACCGGAUGCCGUUGGUUCCAAUAAGGAUGACAUCAGCAUUCUGCGUCGACUCUCGUCUGUGAGUGAAAACAUUAGUAGCCUUUGGAGAGCUACUUCUGGACGGCCUAGCCAAGUCUUCGUGGACUACCAGCUGAGUCCUCUUUUGGGUAGUUCCAGUGUCAGGAACAAGAUGAUUAUGGCAAAUGAAGAACAACAGGAGCGUCAUGAUGAUCGGGGAGUGGACGUUGAGCAAUUGCGACCAGUCGCUCAGCAGCAGCCGUGCGCCAGACACGGUCUACGCCCGGCAACAAACAGAAGUAGAACGAACUGCAUUGCGGACGCUGUUAAGAUACUUGAAAGACAUACGAUAGUGCACAAUUCUCCCUGCUCGCGCUCGCAUUUUAAUCGAUGCAUGAACAGCAGGAAGGGACACAACGAUAGCUACAGACGGACACCAACAUCAGAUUGACAAAUUCAUCAUGCGGUAAUAGUACGUCGGUCCGAGACGGACUGUAUGUAGCCGUGCGGUCACGUCGAACCCGAACGCGAAAGAUGAGUUUUUAUUAACACGAAGCUCGGCAGCGCUUCCGCUUUCUGUUUAUCUUUAUUAACACGUGAAGCAUGAUGUUGCUGUUGAUGAAAAUGUUGACAAAUAAUGAAGAUGUUGAGCGGGACGGGUUGUGUACUCCCAUACGACUCAGAAUGCGCGAGCGCGAGACCAACGCCGCCAUGAAAAGCAACGCCCUUCCUUCUGUUGUUGAAUGGUCGCCAUCGACCUCGGGCUCCUCCAUCGCAGACAAAGGGUCCUGCACGAAAGCGAUUGGCGGUACUGCAUCGCAGACAACUCACACGAAAGCGACUGGCGGUACCCACACGAGUGGUAUUGUGGGGUUUGCCAAAAGCGUUUUCUUACCAGGACUGCCAC